AUGGUGACGUGUGGCGGUUGCUUUGUCAAGUCGCAUCAAGGGCACCAGAUCGUCGCACUUCUCCAAGUCGAGCUCUCAGCUCUCCAAGAUCGCGCAUCUACCCACAUUCUUGGCGUGUUCGAGGGAUACGACAAGAAUUUCCAGCAUCUACACGCCUCGAUUCGAGACGGAAUGGCGGCGAUGACCAAGGCGGGGGCCGACAAAUUGAAGGAGAUCAACGACAAGGGCCACUACGACGAGGGCAAAGCGGUGGCGGAUGAGAUGACGGCACUCACCGCCGAUUUCGAGAAGCAAUGCGAGGAGUACAUGCCCGUCGCCCGCAAGUUCAACGACCACCUCAUCAGCUACAAGGAGCGCAUCGAGAAGAAGGAA